AUGUACCGGUGGAUGUCGCCGGGGUUGGUGGCGGUUAUGUCGAAGAGCGGGUGGAGGUUAAAGUCGUAUUACCGACGGUGGCGGCAUCGUGCAGAGUCCGUCACACGACAUGGAUUUUUGCCAUGUCUGACUGAUCUCAGCCUGAGAGCUCCAGACGGUAACAGGGAGCCCGCCGUCUGGAAAUCCGAAGCAAUUUCAGUUGUCCAGCUGAAGGGAUGGACGGCGCAUGCUGUGCGAAAAGAGCACUCUCUGUGCCAGCAUAAUAACAAAGACUUCAAUCUGCCGCUGCUGAGGCGCAUGAAUAACAUAUGGCCGCCGAGAAGGGCGGCGGCCACUCCGUCAACACCGCCAAAUAGUGACCUGCCGGUGCUGAAGCACUUAAGACAGAAGUGGCUGCUACGCAAAACGCCCACGCCAUCUACACUGACACCAACUACUAGCGCCACUGAAUUCACCAUCGAUACCACAUCGGUCACUAGCUGCCGCUCAAGGGAUCAGGACAGUCAUGUUGCCCAAGUUUCCUCCACGAAGAAGCGAUAUCAAAUCUGGAGUCGUUCUCGAACUACCCGCAAUGCCGUUCUCGAGCUGGCCAUGCUCGCAGGUACCAUCCUCGUCGAAACUUCGCAGAUGACUCAAGGAAUUCCCUACGUAGAAAGCCUCGCCAAGAUCAUCGAAUACGUCGCCAAAGCUACAAAGGAACUACAGAAGGUCGAAACAACGUUGAGCACGUUGAGUGAGCGAAUCGUCCGGUUGCAGGGCAUCAUUGUCGACGUCCGUGAGGACAGUCAGUGGCAGGGAACUUUGCCACUAGGCUUAGAAGAACCGUUCAGACUGCUCGAAAAACUUCUCGGACAGGUCAUCGAUGUCCUCUCUCGCUAUGAAGGGUCACGAUUGAAUUGUCUGAAGCGGUUUUUGAGCCGCAAGGACACACUACGCGAUCUUCAGAAGUGCGAGGUGGAUAUCAGUAACGCCAUAGAGGAGUUCAAUACACGUCUCAAUAUUCAACAGACGCUUAUCGAGCAUGACAUGAAGGAAUCGCUGACUGUGGUGGAGAACAAAGUGGAUGCCGUGAAGACGAUAACGGAAGAGCUCGAGGUUCGGGAUCAAACCAGGCAUGUAGUAGUGCUUACUGCACUAUUGAUCUCCGGAGCAUCUGGUGGCACGACCUUAAUUGUGUCAGCCAUUUUAUUUGGCAAAGCGCGCCCACUCUGAGGACUCCGGAGGCCCUGAUUUAGGCGCAGUGACGACGUCCCUUGACAUGUUCCGUGUGGUUCUGUAGCUUCUUGAGGUGUAACAUGGACCUGGAGAAGCUUGUACUCCAUACGUUCGAUGCUCUAUAAUUUAACUGGUGCCGGUAUAAG